GCUCUCCGAAGCCCGACCAAGUCCCGUGAAGGUGGAGCGCUUUUUCACGAUUUUCCGUGAGAAAAAUCGAGAAAACAGGCGUAAAACCGUGUUCGGUGCGUUUUGUUUCUGUUCUAGCGGGGUGGCGCGUUAUGCAUUUCGCAUAAAAUACGCGUGAAAUCGUGCGAAAGUGGCCCGAGUGAUGCCGUAUUUGCGCCUGCACAUCACACAGGCAAACGACGCAAGUGGGGUGAAGAAGCAGGCAGGCAGGCAGGUAGGCGAGCAGGCAGGCCAGUCGUGUUGGUGUUGAAAAAGUGAAAAAUUCGAUGGGAAAAGUUUAUUUUUGGCUGUAAUAUGUCAGAACUCCUCUGAUCGUGCGUGUCGUGUGAAAAGUGACUAAAUGUGAUUGUGCUUUAAACAAAAAAAAAAAAAAAAAGUGGCAGUAUAAAAAAGGCCCAAAACGUGCAAGAAGAUUAUCCUCCACGAGUUCUUGUAGCAAUCGAGAACCUACUCACGUGAAAUCAUCUGCUCAGACGACGACGCGUGUCUCUCGCACCCCGUGUAAGGUGGUGUGGUGAAAGCAGAUCACAGAUACACGCACGCCCGGUGUGUCGUUUGUUGAUUCAGUUUGUCGCAGUCGUCAUCAUCACCGGUAGAACCCUAGACCGGAGCAACAGGCAUCAAGCAGACGGCCACACAGCGCUACUGCUGCUGCCGGUACAGUAAAAUCACGCGUAGGUGAAAAGUUGCGACUUUCCGCCGGUUUGCAAAUUCGGAGUGUGCUGCAUUCGACCAUCGCGUGUGUGUGUGUGUGUGCGUGUGUGUAGGAGGUGGUGGGUUUACUAAAUUGGCAAGCGACAGCGAUUUCCUCCCCGAGUCGUGCCCGGCACAGCGUCGUCACCAUGUUCAGCCCCGAGUACGAGAAGCGGUACAUGCAGCUCCGCAGUCCCGCGGCCCGCAGUCUAUUCUCGGCAAGCGAAUCUUCCUCGGCGCACGAUCGCUUCAUUCCCUGCCGUGCCAACAACAACUGGACGACAAACUUUGCCACGAUCAGCACAAAGUCGAACGAGAAUUCGCCCCAAUCGACGAAGAAGCAGCGCGACUGUGGCGAGAAUGCACGGGACAGCCUGGCCUACAGCUGUCUGCUGAAGAACGAGCUGCUCGGCACGGGCAUCGAUGACGUGAAGUUGGUGGCAGACGACAAGAAUGGUAGCGGCGGCGGCGGUAGCGGAGGUGGCGGCGGUGGAGGCGGUGGCGGAGCUGGUGGCGGUGGGCUGCAUGCAAACAGCCAGCGGACCGGCCUGUUCAAAUAUCAGUCACCGACGAAACAGGACUACAACGAACAAUGCCCGUACUCGCUGUCGCCCGUCAGCAUCAAAAGCCAGAAGCUGCUCCGUUCGCCCCGGAAGGCGACGCGCAAAAUCUCCAAAAUCCCGUUCAAAGUGCUGGACGCGCCCGAACUGCAGGACGACUUCUAUCUCAACCUCGUCGACUGGUCCGCCCAGAAUGUGCUGGCCGUUGGGCUGGGCAGCUGCGUUUACCUCUGGAGUGCAUGCACCAGCCAGGUGACGCGACUGUGCGAUCUCAGCUCCGAUUCCAACACGAUCACGUCCGUCUCGUGGAGCGAACGGGGCCAUCAGCUAGCGGUAGGAACGCAGCACGGAUACGUCACCGUUUGGGAUGUAGCCGCUAGCAAACAGGUGAACAAACUGCAAGGCCACUCGGCACGCGUCGGAGCCCUCGCCUGGAACGGGGACGUCCUAUCGAGCGGGUCUCGGGACCGUCUGAUCAUGCAGCGGGACACGCGCACCCCGUCGCAGGUCCCCGAGCGAAGGCUGGCCGGCCACCGGCAGGAGGUGUGCGGGUUGAAAUGGUCCCCGGACAACCAGUACCUGGCGAGCGGGGGCAACGACAACCGGCUGUACGUGUGGAACCAGCACUCCUCCACGCCGGUCCACUCGUACUCGGAGCAUAUGGCGGCGGUGAAAGCGAUCGCCUGGUCGCCGCACCAUCACGGCCUGCUAGCGAGCGGUGGCGGUACGGCCGACCGGUGCAUACGCUUCUGGAACACGCUCACCGGCCAGCCGAUGCAGUGCGUCGACACCGGUUCGCAGGUGUGCAAUCUGGCCUGGUCCAAGCACUCGUCCGAGCUCGUGUCCACGCACGGCUACUCCCAGAACCAGAUACUUGUGUGGAAGUACCCGUCACUGACGCAGGUGGCCAAGCUGACGGGCCACUCGUACCGCGUCCUCUACCUCGCCCUCAGCCCCGACGGUGAAGCGAUCGUGACGGGGGCAGGGGACGAAACGCUGCGCUUCUGGAACGUCUUCAGCAAGGCACGGUCGCAGAAGGAAAACAAGAGCGUGCUGAAUCUGUUCACCAACAUUCGGUAAAACCCUUCGCGACCUGGAGCUCGCGCAAAGCCCGCUGCAAAAAAAAAACGGACGUGGACGGGGAUAUCUGUACAUAGUGUCUAGCAUCGAAGCGUAUCGAUUUUAAGCGAAUGCGUGUGUGGUUUAUGCUUUUUGCUAUAGGAAUAUUUUAUAUUCUAUAUAUAUUUUCUUUCCUGUUUUUUUUGCACUACUACCCACAAAUCUUUCGUAGUUUUUCUUGUUUUAAGCUAGUUUUCCCCCGCUUUUUUCCAAUGCAAUGGGAAAACUGGGAGAAUCACAGCAUUAUGCAGUAGCAACGAAACUCGAAAUAGACGCCUAUUAGCGAAACAAAACAUAAUUAAGGCUUCUUUUUUGUUUUGCUACGCUUUUCUUUUUUUAGUUAUUGUAAAAUACUUUUGUUAUACUUUUUUUUUGCUUUCUUAGUGAUUAAUGCAAUGAAUUCGCCACAAUCCCUUUCUGUUCGUUCGGAGAAGCAUCACACCUCGUUACCCAAAACGCGGGUGUUGCUGUUCGAUGGAAAAGAGGGUUAUAUAGUUUAUGAUGCAUCAUUUCUUGUAUAAUGCAGCACAGUCGCAUCGACUUUGUUUGUUUUUUUUUUCUUUUCUUUUUUUUUGGGAUUGAAUAGUGUUUAAGAAGUUUUUCCAGCGCAUUGAGUGUUUUGCCUUUGCGCGUUUUUUUGCAGUGUAAUUAGCUUUAGUUUAGGGUUAGGUUUAGAUAGGCCCUACACUUCUUUGUCUGUUUAAGUCAAAAUUCUCACGUUAUGGUACAGUAUGUAUGCGUGCUGAAAAAGCAUGCGCGCACGCGACUGUGUUCAAAUUGCAUAGGAAUAAAUGAUUAAGGCGCAUAAUCAAUCAUUCACCACUUUGCUACGGCUUCCCCCCCCCCCCCUUCCUUUGGUUUGGUGAGCCAAUGCGAACUUGCUUCCUUGGCAGACGAAGGGGGUGGAAGGGAGCGUACUGUAUCUUUCAAGACAAGAAUGAAACCCUUCGCGGGUUUGUAAGGAGCGUUUGCGGCAUUUAAUUGCAAAAGUUUUGCAUUGUACGCGUUUAAAACUCAUAAUCCUUAACGCUGGUCAAACAUGGGAAAACUGAUUGGAAAAUUCAAACCCCUCCCUCCCGUAGAGGAUGUAUUUAUUUAUAUUUGCAAAUUAGUUUGUAGUCAUCGGUAGUGAAGUAAGUGAGCUGAUUUUGCGAGUGUGAUUGAAAUUCUAUAAACUGUGUUUGUUUCCAAAUAAGUUCAGGAGGAUACCGAAGCUAUACGUGUAUCGAUUGCCUCUCCGCUUGAAAGGGAACACCUGUGCAGAGGUUUUACUGUCAAAAAAUGCAAUCUAGAGUUCCUUCCCAAUUGGAGAACACCUCAUGUAAUCGAAGGGGCAACAGCACACCAAACAUGCACUGUGUUGCUGUGUGUUUGCUAGUUUAGCCAGUAGUAGGGUUGCCGUCUCUCGAACACAACAACCCCAUAUAAUCGUGUGUAAGUGCUACUAAUACAUGUAAGGAAGAAAAAUGUGUCUUCACUCUACUGCCUGCCUCUGUACCAUUGAGGUGUAAUGAUACUACUGAAAAAGCGGCCGAUUAAAAUUAAGCUCACAAAAGCUCACGGGAGAAAAAAGUUGUAAGAAAGUGUAAAAAUAAAUUUAAAACAUAUUGCAAAGAAAA